AAAGUUUUUUUUAUUAGUUGUUAUUUAUUUUACCGUGAAAGAAAGUAAGAAAGUCAAUUGAGAAGAGAUUCAUUAAGUUCAGUCGAAGGAAAUUUUGUAAUUUAUUUCAAAUUGUUGUCAAUUUGUAUUAAUUGUAAUUUAGUUUCAAACAUUCGCAAACAAACAUUAAAAAUGUCAUCCACAAGUUCACGUGGUUUGAGUUUGAGCUUGCCAGUCGAUUCAGAUGAAUUAGGGCUUAGGACUUUGGGGAAUUUCUAUGCACCCCACCUCAACUAUGACAUUGAGAGGCUCUUUCUUCGUCCAGAUUCUCCAGAAUCUGAUGAACCGUCCCAGGAAGAUGGCGAAGGCAAGUCAGUUUGGAAGGAGUUUGAAAAAAAUGGGCAGGAUGCAGAGUUGGAUGAGUUGGACAGACUGUUCAGAGGUAUGAACAACAACAAAUCUUCGGUACCUUCAGUCUCAAAUGAUUCUGGCCUUGAGUCACAUUCAUCCACUCCUAUAUCUGGAGUACAGCAAAUAUUUGAUACCAUGCUAUCGUCAGUCAACAUUCUUGAAAUUCUCAAAGAAAGAGAACGUCUUCACCAGAGAACGAAGCAUAAAACUAAAGGCAAAUCUGGCGAGCCCGCACUUGUCUGCGUUUUCUGUCGCAACAACAAAGAACCUGAGUGCGUCGCUAACUCACAUUUAGUUAAGGACGAAAAAGGUCAAGUGACAUGCCCGAUACUCUACAUCUACACAUGUCCGAUUUGUGGGGCCACUGGCAAGGCUGCCCACACCAUUAAGUACUGCCCCUACAACACUGGGGAGAGGUUUUAUGUGCCCCCACUCACACGCAAGACCGGCAAUCGCAGUCAGGACAAUGUUGGGCCCGUUAGAAGUAGUUUUGGUGUGUCCAUUUGCGACAAUGAUGAUAGCCAGUAGUCACAGCAGUCUUAAUAGGUGGUGGCGAUGUGGGUAGGUGUUCAUCAUCGUUUGUUUGUAAUAGCAUAGAAUUUCUUCUGUUUUGUAAGUAAUGCAAAUGAAUUUGUAUUAAAUUUUUUCCAUCAUAUGAUGUAAUUGUAUUAUAUUAUUGUGCUAAUUGAAUAUUGGUCAUCAGUCAGCUGUUUAAAAGUGGUGUUGAUUGUCUUUGGUUGCUAUGCUGAUGAUUGCAGAACAGAAUGAUGACAUGAUGAUGAAACAUUUAUGAUGAUGAAACAUUUAUGAUGAUGAACAACAAUAUAGUAAUGUGAAGUAAUGUAUUGUAGAGUCAUUACAUUUGGAGAUGAAAUAAUACUGAUUGUGACCUGAUUUGGAUAAUUUGAAUUUGAAGAAGGCUGUGAGCUAAGGUAGGAUGGUGGUAAAGACAUUGUUGUAAUGAUUAAAUGACAUUGAUGAUGUUGGCUGUGUAAUGUUUUAUCAGCUGAGGGUCUGUCUGUCUGCCUGUCUUGUGUUUCAAUAAUUCUUAAUACUUGAUGCUUAUUACAAACAGUGGUUCCUCUGAUCUCAUUCACUCAUUUUAUUUCUGGUCAUGCACUUGUGUGUGUGUAUAUAUAUAUAUAUAUAUAUAUAUACAUAUACUUUCUUUUUUUGACUUGCAUAUAUAUGUAAAUGGAACUUGUCUUAAUUUUUUAAACUUUUUCUUUGCAUUUAUCUAUAUAUAUAUAUAUAUAUAUUAUUGUAAAUCAAACAGAUAUUUAUGUACAUUCUCAUGUGCAUGCAAACUAACUAUAUGUAUAUAUAUAUAUAUUAUAUAUAUAUGUGUAUAGAAAGAACAAUUUAAACAUUGUAUAUAUAAUUCUCCAUAAUUUUAUCUGUAUAUUUGAAUUUGAGGAGUUUAAUUUGUGGUAAAUAUUCUGCUGCAAGUGCACCUAUGUGCCUUCCAAUGUUUUAAAUAGAAAUGAUAUGUACCAACUGAGGAUGUAUUGUGUUGCUGAUUAACAUUUAAAUCUAGAAAUGUUUUGAGGCUUUUUUUAAAUGAAUUUUUUCCAUGAAAUGAAUAUUACUCUUUGGAGUUUUAAUGGUAAACAAUGUAUUCCUAUCUGUUGUUUAUAAUGUUUGUGUAUUUUUUCUUUUAUUUUUUUUUUUUAUAAAAAAUAUUUUUUACCUAUGUGCCUACCAAAAUUGGUAACAUUUCACAUUUAAAUAUUUCAUUUGAAUAAACUAGAAAAAAUGUUUGUAUAAUUUUAUAUAAAAAAAAUAAUUUUUUAUUCGUUUCUAUUUUGUAAUUUUUUCAUUCCUACUAUAUGUGUAGUCAUUCAAAACCAUUGAAAAAAAAACACUAACCCAGCCAUCAAUUCUUUUAUCAAUCCAUCACUAAUCGUCAUCAAUCCACCAGUUUGUUCCUACUAAUUUCUGAAAGCUGAUUUCGAAAUUAACAUAAUUUAUGUCUAUGCAUUAAUUUAUAUGCAAAUUUGUAUCUGAUAUGCAAUUUUAAUUCCAGAAUGAAAUUGUAUUUAGUGCCUAUAAAUGAAUGAAAAAGAAAAACAAUUGAAAAGACUUCUUUUUAUUUUUCCACGUUUUUGUAUUUUUUAUUGUAUUAAUAUUUUUAAUUGUUCUUGUUAAGCCUUAUAUAUUUUAAAUUCAUCGAUUUUAUAUAAUGGCAUUCUAGAUGAUGAAUUUUUAUAUGAAAACACAUACAUACAUAACUGUGUACACACAGACACACAUGUUUAUAUGUGUGUGUGUGAGUAUAUAAUGAGAAGAAGUAUAUUUAAAUGGUUUGUAUAUUUGCUAUUUUAAUUGUUUAAGUUGUGCAUUUUAAAAACAGAAGAAUAUUGAUACAUGCUGCUGCUACAUAUUAUAUUUCGAGGCACAAACGUUUAUAUUCCUAUGGUAUGUAUGUCUUUUAUACUGAAUAUAUACUUA